AUGGAGAAGAGGCAGACAAAUUUGCAGAACUUCUUUGAGAAGCCUCUUCAAGAUUCUUUUAUUGUUGAACUUCUUUCCGGAAAAUUCGAAUCCAUGGAUUUGGCAGCUUAUAAUAAGAAAAGGCGAUUGUCUCAGGUUGAUCACAUGCAGCCUAUUUCCGAAGAUAUCUCAAAUAAACUAAGACUAGAAUUAUCACCAGCUGACUCAUAUAUGAACUUGAUAUCAGGUAGCACACAGGGUUCAAACGAAGAUGUGGAAAGCCUGCAAAAAAAUCUCUCUGAAGGAGAACUGACAGGAAUGCAGACAAGAGUUAACGUUGAUGGUAACGUCCAAGUCGAAGUAGCUUCUCGACAUGAAGUGAAUGAUGUGUUUUGGGAACAAUUCCUUACUGAAAGACCAUGCUAUUCAGACAAUGAAGAGGCAAUAUCCAACUAA